AGCGGCCAGAGAGCGGCCAGGGCAGUACAGAGAUGGAGACCCAGGGAGGGAGGGACUACCCCUCAGCUACCUCACCUUCGGAAGAGACUCCCUCUGAUCCCCCGUCUCAGGCAACCUCCCAGCCCCCCUCCAGGCCUUCCUCCCGGCCCAACUCUAGGCCUGAGUCUCGCUCCCAGCCCCCGUCUGGCCCCAGUUCCCAGCCUCCUUCCUGCCCUGAGAGCCCCAGCCAGGACAAGCCCUCUGUGAGCAAAAAGAAGAAACCGAGGGCCUCAAAAUCCCAGGCCUCUUUGUCCCAUCCUGAGACCCCCAGCAAGGACAAGCCCUCAGUUGGCAAAAAUAAGAAACAGAGGACCUCUAAGUCUAAGGAGCCUAAGCCUGCUAAACCCUCUAAGACAGCACACAUGAGGAAGAACAUCAGGUAGGUACACUCAUCUGUUCGAUAGGGUGGUUUCAAUUCCCUGUUAUCUACCCUCUCCUCUAACCCAUCCCCGUCUCCCUGUCCUCUAACCCGUCCUCCUCUCCUCUAACCCGUCCCCCUGUCCUCCUCUCCUCUAACCCGUCCCCCUGUCCUCCUCUCCUCUAACCCGUCCCCCUGUCCUCCUCUCCUCUAACCCGUCCUCCUCUCCUCUAACCCAUCCCCCUUUCUUUCCUCUAACCCGUCCCCCUGUCCUCCUCUCAUCUAACCCGUCCUCCUCUCCCCCAUCCCCCUGUCCUCCUCUCCUCUAACCCGUCCUCCUCUCCCCCAUCCCCCUGUCCUCCUCUCCUCUAACCCGUCCUCCUCUCUCCCAUCCCCCUGUCCUCCUCUCCUCUAACCCAUCCCCCUGUCCCCCUGUCCUCCUCUCCUCUAACCCAUCCCCCUGUCCUCCUCUCCUCUAACCCAUCCCCCUGUCCUCCUCUCCUCUAACCCGUCCUCCUCUCCUCUCCCCCAUCCCCCUGUCCUCCUCUCCUCUAACCCGUCCUCCUCUCCCCCAUCCCCCUGUCCUCCUCUCCUCUAACCCGUCCUCCUCUCCCCCAUCCCCCUGUCCUCCUCUCCUCUAACCCAUCCCCCUGUCCUCCUCUCCUCUAACCCAUCCCCCUGUCCUCCUCUCCUCUAACCCGUCCUCCUCUCCUCUCCCCCAUCCCCCUGUCCUCCUCUCCUCUAACCCGUCCUCCUCUCCCCCAUCCCCCUGUCCUCCUCUCCUCUAACCCGUCCUCCUCUCCCCCAUCCCCCUGUCCUCCUCUCCUCUAACCCAUCCCCCUGUCCUCCUCUCCUCUAACCCAUCCCCCUGUCCUCCUCUCCUCUAACCCGUCCUCCUCUCCUCUAACCCGUCCUCCUCUCCUCUCCCCCAUCCCCCCGUCCUCCUCUCCUCUAACCCACCCCCCUCUCCUGUAACCCACCCCCCUGUCCUCCUCUUCUCUAACCCAUUCUGUCCUCCUGUCUUCCAAACCAUCCCUUCUUCCUCUCCUCCCAACAGGAAGCUGCUGAAGGAGCACCAGAUGGAGGCAGUGACCAAAGCAGCCCAGCAGGAGGAGUUAGAGAGGCUGAGGCGUCUGGAGCAGCAGAGGAAGGACUUCACGGCACCACCCGUCCAAGAGUUUCCUCCACCAGGUGAGAGUCCUACUUCAGCCUGAACCGCUCUGGACACUGACUGUCAUAGAGGGGCUCCAUUUGGUGGUCUGUCAUACAAAGGAUUCUGGAGGGCCCUAUAAAAUAUUUUUAAUUUUUGCCUGAUUCAGUUUUUCCCCAAAUUCCGUUUUCUCUGUUUUGUUUUUCCAGGUUUCAGUUUUUUUUCAGUUUUCUCAUGUUUUCGCUCUAAAAAUCACACCUUUUUUUGUUGUAUAUAAAAACAACACAAUUGGAUGUUCUAAGUCCACAACAAUGCUUAAACCACACCAGGAGACCACUUUUGAGGUCUGUGGAAAAAUCUAAGAAAUUAAGAUUCUUGGGUGUAGUGACCCUUUAAUUCAAGUGUACACCAGCAAAGUGGCCAUUGUUUGGUUAGCAAUGUUUCUGUAGCGCUCAUGUGAUUGCAUAGUUUGUAAAUUAGUUAAUAGACCAAUAAAAAAGAGUUACAAACCUCUCUGCCAAUAACAGCUUGUUUUCAGUUUCCCCCUCCUUGCUCAGACCACUCCCAUACAGUCCUAGCAAAAUUAUUUAUUGAGAAAUUGCUCUUUUGAGCAUUUAAAUGAAAACAUAGGCUACUUUGUAGUUAACAUUUAAUUGGGAAAGGCUUUCCCAAAAACCUUCUAUCUCUACUAGAAGAUGGUUAUCAUUAGCAUCACCGCUAACAGAAACUCUAAUCGCUAACUGCAUUCCUGUGCCGUUUCAGAAAUUUGCAGGAAAAUAUGAAUCAUUGAUGCAAUUUGUUCAUGUCUUAUGAUUAAUUUGGGCCAAUUAAUGACUUUUCUAGUAAGCUAAAUACAUUUGGAUGAUUUCCUACUAAUAAGUUCAAUACAUUUUUGAAUAUUGUUGAAUACCGUUUUAAUGUCUGGAUUCCGUCUGCGUACUCCACAACACAGAUUUUAUAGAGCCCUAAUUCUGCCACCCCACGGUCGAGGGAGAUUUAUUUUCCUAACCCCUUUUACUUAUUUCUUGUCUCUCUCGCUCUCUCACUCUCCAUCCAUCUCUCUCUCUCUCUGACUUUAUUCACAUGGAACGUUAAAGCACUUACAUUGUCAAAGUAAACAUUUAACAACAAUGGUCAGUGCGCUCUUCUCUCUAUCGCUCAUCUCCCCCUCUCCUCCAGUGGAAGCGGUGUCAGGGAGGCCUGGAGACGAGGCGUUUCAGGGCCAGGGGUUGUUAGAGGCUGCUUUCCUAGCCAGGCAGGACGUAAUCUGUCUGGACAGCAGUGACAGCAGUGGAGAGGAGGAGGAGGAGGAGGAGGACGCCAAGCCACCAGCUAUCCCCACUAUCCCGCCCACUAUCAGAGACGGUAAGACCAGGAGAAGGACUGCUAAAACACAGGGAACAACCACCACACUCUGUCUAGUAGGGUUGUCACGAUACCAGUAUCACGAGACUCAAUUUUCCAUGGCAAAAAACACAAAGCAGACUUAACUAUUUGGUCCUUUUAAAGAGUCAAUGAGGCCCUUUAUCUGCUUCCUCAUAGUCAGAUGAGCUCGUGGAUACCGUUUUUAUGUAUCUUUCGUCCAGUAUGAAGGCAGUUAGAGGUAGUUUUGUGAGCGUUAGCGCAGUGACUAGAAGUCUACAGGAACAACUAGCAUGCUAGCUGUUCCCAUAGUAGUUGUUAGUCAUUGCGCUAACGCUAGUUAGCAAUUGCGCUAACGCUAGCGACUUCUUUCAAACUGCACGCAGAUAGAUAAACGGGAUACACAAGUUUAACUGACUCUGGGGAAGUAGAUAAAGGUCCUCAUUGCCAAAAUCCCGAAGUAUCCCUUUAAGAACCGGUUGUAUGUAUUGUGUGCUAUAGCUUGGAAAAUUAACACAUUUGACUCUGGGUGACAACACAAGGCUGUUUGAUUCCAAUUAGGACUUUUCCUAGAGAAAUGAAGUCUGCUUAUUAUUGUGUUGUUUCCUUGCCAUGAUAUUUCUGAGUAUCGCGAUAAAGGUAUUGUGACAACCCUGUCUACACUACAGGCUAGACCCAGACGUUCUAGGUAAAACCUUCUAGUUAGAAGGUUCCUUGGUUAGACAAACAGGAAUCUAUACACAGUUCUUGGUUAGUACUUAAAAUGCUCUAUCUAGAGGCAGCACAGAUCUGAUAAUUACUUAAUAAUCGAUGUCAGUCAUAACGUUGUUUUAGCUGUCAGGUUAUGAACGCUUAAUGUCAUGAACUAUAAAUGUCAAUUCCCCUGCUCUGAAUCAAGCCUUCUCUCCGGGACUACAUUGUAGCUCAGUUGGUAGAGCAUGGCGCUUGCAACGCCAGGGUUGUGGGUUCGAUUCCCACAGGGGGCCAGUAUGAAAAAAUGUAUGCACUCACUAACUGUAAGUCACUCUGGAUAAGAGCGUCUGCUAAAUGACUAAAAUGUAAAAAUGUACAUUGGAAAUAAAUGUGCUAUAAUUCUUUCACCUGUUAUCCUCUGAGAUUUGUACAUUUUUAACAGUUCCCCCCCCCAAAAAGUAAUAAAUACAUCUAAUCAAUCAAAUUCCUCCCCGACCCAGACGUGAUCGAGCUGAGCUCGGGGGACGACGACACACUGCCGAUCAGCAGCGACUCGGCCAAUGAUGAUGAAGGUGCGGGGGGCACGGAGGAGAGCAGCGGGGCGCACAUCAACGACUCACUCAACCAACCAGACGCCCAGGGGAGGGUCCUGGUCAACAUCAACCACCCAGCGGAGGAGGAAGACCUUUACCUCGCCCCGCAGCUGGCCCGCGCAGUCAAACCUCACCAGGUAUUACAGGGGAGCUACACUGGGUCAUCAGAAGGGUCCAGUUUCCCGUACACAGAUUAAGCCUAGUUCUGGACUAAAAAACCUUCUCAAUGGUGAAUCUCCAUUGAAAGUGCUUUCAAGUUCAGGACUAACGUCAAUCCAUGUCUGGGGUCCUCUAGCUGCUGCAUUGGACACGUAACUUUGGCUGGCGUGGGCGGAGCGUGAGCCACUUUAUCAAGUGGUCUUGGGCGUGAGCCAUAUAUACAAUUCUUGAAAAAAGAACCGUUGUAAUUUUACGCUUAGGCUUCAUUUUACAUUUUUGGGAGUGUCUCACGCUCUGCAAAAGUAACGCGGCCAGUGUAGCCUGUUAGCCCUUACCCUGCAGCCUGUUAGCCCUUACCCUGCAGCCUGUUAGCCCUUACCCUGCAGCCCUGUUUUAGCCCUUACCCUGCAGCCGUUAGCCCUUACCCUGCAGCCUGUUAGCCCUUACCCUGCAGCCUGUUAGAGCCCUUACCAUGCAGCCUGUAGCACUUACCCUGCAGCCUGUUAGCCCUUCCCCUGCAGCCUGUUAGCCCUUACCCUGCAGCCUGUUAGCCCUUACCCUGCAGCCUGUUAGCCCUUACCCUGCAGCCUGUUAGCCCUUACCUGCAGCCUGUUAGCCCUUACCCUGCAGCUGUUAGCCCUUACCCUGCAGCCUGUUAGCCUACCCUGCAGCCUGUUAGCCCUUACCCUGCAGCCUGUUAGCCCUUACCCUGUAGCCUGUUAGCCCUUACCCUGCAGCCUGUUAGCCCUUACCCUGCAGCCUGUUAGCCCUUACCCUGCAGCCUGUUAGCCCUUACCCUGCAGCCUGUUAGCCCUUACCCUGCAGCCUGUUAGCCCUUACCCUGCAGCCUGUUAGCCCUUACCCUGCAGCCUGUUAGCCCUUACCCUGCAGCCUGUUAGCCCUUACCCUGCAGCCUGUUAGCCCUUACCCUGCAGCCUGUUAGCCCUUACCCUGCAGCCUGUUAGCCCUUACCCUGCAGCCUGGUAGCCCUUACCCUGCAGCCUGUUAGCCCUUACCCUGCAGCCUGUUAGCCCUUACCCUGCAGCCUGUUAGCCCUUACCCUGCAGCGUGAGAGGUGAAGGCCAAGGUGUACCCUACUGUACAUGUAGGAAGACAGACUUCAGACGUGACACACCGUUCACUUUUUCCAUCAUCCAUCUCCUCUUCACUCUGCUCUUGAUUCACCUCUCGCUCUCACCCCUUGCUUACCAUCUGUCUCUCCUCCUCGUUCCCCUCCCUCCCAGGUUGGUGGGAUCCGGUUCCUCUAUGACAACCUGGUGGAGUCUCUGGAGCGCUACAAGGGCAGCAGCGGGUUUGGCUGUAUCCUGGCCCACAGCAUGGGCCUGGGUAAGACCUUGCAGGUCAUCUCCUUCAUAGACAUCCUGCUCCGACACACCGGGGCCCACACUGUACUGGCCAUCGUCCCUGUGAGUUGACCGAUAGGUUGGUUGUGGGUGGGUGUGUGUUCGAGUAAGUGUGUGUGUUUCUCUCUCUCUCUCUCUGUUCUCUCUCUCAUCUCACCUGUCUGUCUGUAUCGCUGUCUGUCUUCCAAGCUGUGUGUGUUUGCAUACAUCUAUCUAGCUUUUCUCUCUCUCUCUCCCCCCUAGGUGAACACCCUCCAGAACUGGUUGGCAGAGUUUAACCUGUGGCUCCCGUCCCAAGAGGCCCUGCCCCCAGAUAGUGACCCUGCCACGGUCACAGGACGCACCUUCAGAGUCCACAUCCUCAACGACGAGCACAAGUGCGUACCAUUAUAUAGUAGAGCUAGCUAACACACUGACUAGUGUGUGCGUGUUUACCAAUUUUGACUAGUGUACCUGUGUGUGCCCUCGUGUGUGUGUGUGUGUGUGUUACAAUUCUGACUAGUGUGUCUGUGUGUGCCCUCGUGUGUGUGUGUGUGUGUGUGUGUUACAAUUCUGACUAGUCUACCUGUGUGUGCCCUACAGAACCACGGUGGCCCGGGCUAAGGUAGUGGAGGACUGGUCACGUGACGGGGGUGUGCUCCUGAUGGGGUAUGAGAUGUACCGCCUGCUGUCCCUGAAGAAGAGCUUUGUGACUGGCAGGAAGAGGAAGUCCAAGAAGCCCCAGGGACCUGUCAUCAUCGACCUGGACGAAGAGGACAGGCAGCAGGAGCUCAUGAAAGGUCAGGGGUUAGAGGUUAGAGGUCGCUGCAGGGCCACUGUAGGUGAUCUAGGGCCGUAGUAGUAGUCUGAGUAGGAGUGCUGAUCUAGGAUCAGGUCCCACCUGUCCAUCUAAUCUUAUUCAUAGUGAUCUAAAAGGCUAAACUGAUCCUAGAUCAUAACUCCUACACUGAUCCAUUGAAAAUGAGAAAUUGCACACCAAUAUAACGAUGAUACAAUACAGUAUACUGAGUUGACGUUGGGGAAUAAUGCUUUGUAGAAAUCUGCAUAAAUUACCAUUAUUCAAAUGCCAAGGCUGAUGAAUUGCCUGCACAUCAAUGACAUCAUAGUGAAUGAAAAUGAUGGUAUUAAUCACCACUGAUAGUAGAUUAGAGAACGUUGUUAUUUGAUUUAUACAUCAGACAUUCCCGUAAGGUGUGUUUUUCUCUCUCUCUCUCUCUCUCUCCCCUCCACACACACCUCCACAUUUCCUCAACCUGUGUUUUACUCUCUGUCUACCCCUCCUCACCACCUACCCACCCAGGUAUCGAGAAGGCCCUGGCCAGGCCCGGUCCAGACGUGGUGAUCUGUGACGAGGGCCACCGCAUCAAGAACUACCACGCCAGCACCUCGCAGGCCCUGAAGAACAUCCGCUCCAGGCGACGCGUGGUCCUAACGGGCUACCCCCUCCAGAACAACCUGAUAGAGUACUGGUGCAUGGUGGACUUUGUCAGGCCUGACUUCCUGGGCACCAGGCAGGAGUUCAGUAACAUGUUCGAGAGGCCCAUUCUGAACGGGCAGUGUGUGGACAGCACGCCGCAGGACGCCAGGUUGAUGAGAUACAGAAGCCACGUGCUGCAUAGCCUGCUGGAGGGUUUCGUCCAGAGGUAAGAGCCAGGAUUUCGCCUGAUUUUAAUCAAUUCCCACUUUGUUCACAUUAUCAUCCAUUCACAUAUCAUUGAAACAAACCUAUCCCCUGACUUAGCCAAAAUCCUGAUCUCAAGUUGUCCUGGAGCCAUUUGUAUUGAGCGUCUCAAAGUAGCAGUGCUGGUCUAGGAUCAUCUGUCUGUGUAAUCUUGUUAAUUGUGACCUAAAAGGCAAAGCUGAUCCUAAGUCAGCACUCUGGCUCUGAUACAUUGAUACAUGCAUACGACCCAUUGUAACAUUACUGAAGAGCAGAGAACAGCCUUACUGGUGUUUAGGGAGAAUAUUUUGGGUGACCCAGGCAUCAUUCCCAAUUCCAAAUCAACCCCUAGCACCUACUCUCUCCUAUAGCUCUUUGAAUUGGCUAGGUAUACAAUAUAGUAAUAAGCUGAUUUUUGCGUGUUGUGUUUCCUCCGUGUCUGUCCCAGGCGAGGCCACGACGUGCUGCGGGACCAGCUCCCCUCCAAGGACGAGCAUGUGAUCAUGGUGCGCCUGUCGCCCCUGCAGAGGGCCCUUUACACUGAGUUUAUGAACCGCUUCAGAGAGGCAGGCAACAGCGGCUGGCUGGGCCUCAACCCACUCAAGGCUUUCUGCGUCUGCUGCAAGGUGAGUCUGAGAUUGCUGUACUAGUGCUGUGGGGUUAGACAGACAGACACAGACAGACAGACAGGCAGACAGACAGACAGACAGGCAGGCAGGCAGGCAGAGAGGCAGACAGACACAGGCAGGCAGGCAGGCAGACAGAGAGGCAGGCAGGCAGGCAGGCAGGCAGGCAGGCAGACAGACAGAGAGGCAGACAGACAGACAGGCAGGCAGGGGCACUUUAGGAUGAUCUGGACAUGAAACGUGGGGGAAAAUGCUAAUACUGGGGAUAUUGAUUUGUGCUACAAAUUCUAAAAAGUGGCCAGGUAAACAAAACCGAGCAUGGGUUGCUGUCAUACCUUGUCCAUAGACUGCUUACAGGGUAAGGAAGGAUAAGAAAACCAAUAUGUCAUUUAGUAAUCCCUUUAAGCAGUCAGUCAGACUGGCCAGGCUAAACAGCCUAAUCUUGACAACUGGACCAGAGUAACGCUAUUGGAGUCAGUUCAUUAAUCGUGUGUGUGUAUGUGUGUAGAUCUGGAACCACCCUGACGUGCUCUAUGAGACCCUUCAGAAGGAGAACCUGGCCAACGAGCAGGAUUUGGACCUGGAUGACAUCACGGCGGCCACCAACCCCCGCUGCCCUGCCCCUGGCGCCGGCCUGAAGGCCAACAGCCGGUCCAACGUCACCCUACCCUCACUCAACCCCAUCCAGGAGAGAGCCAAUCAGGUCAUCACCUACGAAUGGGUACGCCUUGACACAUCUGUCUGUCUGUCCGUCCGUCCCCCCCCCCCCCCCCCCCCCCCUUCCCUUGGUGUGAAAGAAUGACAGCUUCAUUCACCCACCUCCCGUCCUGUUCCAUGUAUCUCUGUUCAGGCCAAGGACAUCAUGAGCAGCUACCAGACUGGUGUUCUGGAGAACUCAGCCAAGAUGCUGCUGCUCUUCCACCUGAUCGACGAGAGCGUGAUCAGAGGAGACAAGAUCCUGGUCUUCAGGUUGGACCUAUUCCUACGGCUGUUUGGAGUGUGUUUAUAUACAUCAUUGGUUUUAAUGAAGUGUUUGUCACUCUCUAUGAGCAUACUUUUAUAAUAUAACUUUAUUUACCUUUUUUUUUUGCAGAGGAUGGAAAUUUGUAUUUUUGCUUUUAGCCUAUAAGUAUCCAUAAUAUGGAUGUGGUUGUAGUUAACUGACUUGAAUGUGUUUUUAACGUGUGUGUGUUUGACGUGUGUCCAUCAGCCAGAGCUUGUCCACCCUGACCGUCAUUGAAGACUUCCUGACCAGACGGCUAAUGCCAGCAGGCCAUGUCUCCCCCGACAACCAUGGCCAGAACCAGACCUGGGUCCGCAACAUCAACUACUACAGUGAGUCAUCAUCAUCCGCACGACCCUGUUCCCAUGGCAAUCACUACUACCGGGACAGUGUCGUCAUUCCCAUGGCAACCCUUUUACUCUUUUCCUGUGUCAGCUCAGCUGUGAACCCAGAUCCAAUUUAAUUUACCACUAACGUACUCUGUUGUUCCAGACUAUUAGAUUGGAGUUAGCUUGUUUUCACAGCAAAUUGUCCCAUUAAAUGUUUUUGGCUUCAAACUGAUAACUUUACUCAUCUACACUCUCACUUAGACAUUUUCUCAACCAUCAGCGCCCAUAUUCAUAAUCUCAGAAUGGGAGUGCUGAUCUAGCACUCCCAUGGUCCUCUGUAGCUCAGCUGGUAGAGCACGGCGCUUGUAACGCCAAGGUAGUGGGUUCGAUCCCCGGGACCACCCAUACACAAAAAAUAAAUGUAUGCACGCAUGACUGUAAGUCGCUUUGGAUAAAAGCGUCUGCUAAAUGGCAUAUUAUAUUAUAUUAUAUUAUAUUAUAUUAUACCCCUAUUUAUUUGUUAUAAUCUCAGCCGAAGUCUUACGGCCCCCUACUGGACUGACCACCACACUACACUCGAUCCACUAGAAGUAUGGAGGUGUCCCAAAUGGCAUCCUAUUCCCUACAUAGUGCACUACUUUUGACCAGAGCACUACAUAGGGAAUAGGGUGCCAUUUGGAACGCAAAACUAUUUGUCAGGAAUCGCCCCAUGAUGCUGAUGUGGUGAAUGUGUCUCGUCUGUCAACCCCCAGGGUUGGAUGGGAGUACGUCUGCUUCGGAGCGAGAGAGACUCAUCAACCAGUUCAACGACCCAGAGAACACCUCCACAUGGGUCUUCCUCUUGUCAACAAGGUACUAGACUGUACACACACACUGAUACGCAUAGAAAUAGAAGUGAAAUUGCUGUGGUCUCAUGGCUACAUUUAUUUACAUUUUAGUCAUUUAGCAGACGCUCUUAUCCAGAGCGACUUACAGUUAGUGCAUACAUAUUUAUUUUUAUUUUUUAUACCCCACUGUGGGAAUCGAACCCUGGCGUUGCAAACACCAUGCUCUACCACUGCCCUUUCUAAUAAUUAUAUAUCUAUACUUAUAUAUUGUUCACUCAAAUAUGCAACAAAAGCUGUGCUUUUUCCACUAAUUGGUAUUUUGACCAAUCAGAUUUUGCCUAUAAUUGGGCAAAGGAUCAGAAUUGGGCUGCCUGUGUAAAUGCAGACAAAUACACUCAAUUAGACACACUCACUCACACAAAUAUAUUUAUUCACACACAUAAUUGCAUAUAUUCCCCCUCCCUUUUGCAUACACUUGAUCAGCCAUUCACUUACACACACACAGGGUAACACACACACACACACACACACUUGUGCAUGUUGUUAAUAAGCCUGUGUUGUGUUACUUGCAGGGCGGGCUGCUUGGGGGUGAACCUGAUCGGGGCCAACCGGGUGGUGGUGUUUGACGCGUCGUGGAACCCGUGUCACGACGCCCAGGCGGUGUGUCGGGUGUACCGCUACGGCCAGAAGAAGCCAUGCCACAUCUACCGCCUGGUCUGUGACUUCACCCUGGAGAAGAAGAUCUAUGACCGACAGGUCUCCAAGCAGGGCAUGUCUGGUAAGGGAGAAGGGGGGAGUGUGUAAUGAUGUGGGGGUACAGUGAUGCACGACGUGUGUGUGUGGAAGUUGCUGGAUUCAUUUAAUUGAGAAACUUCGUAAUGAAUGGCAGCAUAUAGAAUUUGAAGUUGAAAUGUGAAUGACGGCGUAGUACAAGCCAGGGGAGUCUAAUUGGUCAGUAACACACUGUGAUUGGUUGUCUCAGUGGUCAGUAACACACUGUGAUUGGUUGCGUCCAGACCGCGUGGUUGAUGAUCUGAACCCGGUUCUGACGUUCACCCGCAAGGAGGUGGAGUCUCUGCUGCACUUUGCAGAGGAGGAGCCUGACCCGGCCAAAGCCCCUCUGCAGCCCCACAAAGAGAUGGAGACGGUCAUCAGCCAGGCCUGUCAGCUCUACCCCCACCUCAUCACUAAGGUACACACACACACACACAGAUACACACUGUCAUGUCAUGCAUCACUGUACAUCAUUACUAUGGCACACACACACACGCAAUCUAUCAACCCUGUUGAUCUGUACCCCACCAGGAACCCUUCCACCAUGAGUCUCUGCUGGUGGACCGGAAAGAGUCCAAGCUCACUAAAGCGGAGAAGAGAGCCGCUAAGAAGAGCUAUGAGGAUGAGAAGCGUGCCUCCGUGCCCUACUCUCGCCCCUCCUACGCCCACUACUACCCAACCAGUGACCAGACCCUCACCAACAUCCCAGCCUUUAACCAGCGCAACUGGUGAGUGACAAUUUCUCCAUUCUCUUACCUGCGCCAUCACAGCACUAACAUACAGGUAACUGACUAAAUAAAGGAAACACCAACAUAAAGUGUCUUAAUAGGGGGUUGGGCCACCAGAACAGCUUCAAUGCUCCUUGGCAUAGAUUCUACUAGUGUCUGGAACUCUAUUGGAGGGAUGUGACACCAUUUUUCCAUGAGAAAUUCCAUCAUUUGGUGUUUUGUUGAUUGUGGUGGAAAACACUGUCUCAGGCGCCGCUGCAGAAUCUCCCAUAAGUGUUCAAUUGGGAUGAGAUCUGGUGACUGAGAUACACACACACACACACACACACACACACACACACACACACACACACACACACACACUUUAAACCCCUUAUGCUCAUUUGAGACCUCUCUUUCAAAGUCACUGACAUCUCUUCUUCUAGCCAUGGUAGCCAAACAAAUUGGGCAACUGGGUAUUUUUAUACAUGAGCCUAAGCAUGAUGGGAUGUUAAUUGCUUAAUUAACUCAGAACCACACCUGUGUGGAAGCACCUGCUUUCAAUAUACUUUGUAUCCAUGAUUUACUCAAGUGUUUCCUUUAUUUUGGCAGUUAUCUGUACAUACCCCAUAUGUAGUCCUAUACCCCUAAUACUUCAACAGCGCUGUGCAAGCCCAAUAAGCAGGCCUAAACCACUACCUAUCCAUACAAAUGAUCCCUUUGGAUCAUUGUCACGAAACUGGCAUUUGACAACAAAAAUCACCAAAUUCCUCUUGGAUCACUUGAAUUAUCUAUUUCAUAAUUAUUAUUAUGUUUAUAUGUCAGAUAUUAUGCAUGUUAUGCAUGUUUUCAAAGUCCCCAACAGUUAUAAACAAAAGUUAAUAUAUUUUUUUACAUUGCUCACCUAAUGAAAAGGCCUGAGUCAAACAUAACACUGAUAAUACAUAGAUUUAAAAUGAAAUUAUUAAAAUGUAUUUUCUAAUUUCUCAUUAACUUAAUGAAUAUUUUCUGUCAUCUUCUGAAUCUUGUUUUUUGUCAUAAUAACUUGUGUAUACAUGCUAUUUUUCUGUAGGGUGUUCACCCAGAAAAUGAUUAUUUCAUUCAUUGUUUAUUAAUCAAAUCAAAUGUUAUUGUUCUGGCCUAAUAACAUAAGAAAUAAUACAUUAAAAAAACAAAAAUACUGCAAAGUUUCCAAAGAGCUCGAAGCAAGGCAGCCCUCUGUCGCCGCCAUUUUCUACUACCUAUAUGGUUCAAACGUUCGACGGUUUACUCAGAGGAUUAAGCAUGAUUAAAGUGAAUAGAAUGUUAUUACGGCCAUGGUCAAAAAGUGGUUGCUGCUCAAUAGAACUGUCACUGCUCCAUGGGCAGAACGGCGCUAACUUCAAAUGUCAACUGACAAGCUAGCUAGUGGCUGCAGAUGUGUGUGAUAACAUGGGCUUUUUCUAAAUGAAAUCCGCAGAAUACCAAACAAAAUUUUGCCUGUAUGUACACUGAGUAUACCAAACAUUAGGAACACCUUCCUAAUAUUGAGUUGCAACCCCCGCCCCCUUUGCCCUCAGAACAGCCUCAAUUCGUCAGGGCAUUGACUCUACAGGGUGUCGAAAGCGUUCCACAGGGAUGCUGGUCCAUGUUGACUCCAAUGCUUCCCACAGUUGUGUCAAGUUGACUGGAUGUCCUUUGGGUGGUGUACCAUUCUUGAUACACAUGGGAAACUGUUGAGCGUGAAAAACCCAGCAGCAUUGCAAUUCUUGACAAAAUCAAACGGGUGCGCCUGGCACAUACCAUACCCCAUUCAAUGGCACUUAAAUAUUUUGUCUUGCCCAUUCACCCUCUGAAUGGCACACAUACACAAUCCAUGUCUCAGUUGUCUGUCUCAAGGCUUAAAAAUCCUUCUUUAACCUGUCUCCUCCCCAUCAUCUACACUGAUUUAACAAGUGACAUCAAUAAGGGAUCAUAGCUUUCACCUGGAUUCAUCUGGUCAGUCUGUGUCAUGGAAAUGUUUUGUAUACCCCGUUCACGAAAAUGGAUCGCUCCUACAGACAGUGAGUUACGUGGCCUUUAACUUGUGCUCAUCUAAGUACUACUCAUCUAGAUGAUGCAUCAUGGGUGAAUUAAAAAUGUAUUUAAAAACUGAUUGGAGUUUUUACAGGAACUUGAAAAAGUGUUACGGUAAUGAGACAUGUCCACAGACACUGUUUUAAUGUAAUAAAUGUUAUAGUAAAAUGUAAACUUCAGCUAGUUUACCAUUGUUAUGAAUGAUGGACAUACUACAGCAACAUUAUUUGUGUUUUAUUCUAAUAAGUUAGGUUUUUCUAAAGUAAGAUUGUAUAAAAUGACCUGAGAAUUUAAUCCGGAUCUAUUUCGUUAAUGAGAAUUAGGGGUGAAUGUUCACAAAAUUCAAAAUAAAAUGUAUACAAAGUAAGACACUUUGCCAUAAACUAUGCAUCUCACUCUUCAGAAUGAUAGUAUAUUUUUGCAGUUGUGUCAUGGUUUUGUAACUGUAUUUUCUACGGACAUGGUAAAAACUGGUUUCAUGAGAAUCACCCUUCUAGCCUCCAAACUCAACCAUGCCAUCUGAAGCUAUCAUCUGUCUUGAAAACUGUCCCACAUCAGACUGUGUAUGAUCCUCAUCCUUGUGUGUUUUGGAUCCACUAGGCGUCCCAUAGCUCGGGGUGAUGAGAAGCCCGUGGCCAGCGUCCGGCCCGUCCAGUCCACCCCCAUUCCCAUGAUGCCUCGCAUGGCGGGCAUGGGCGUGGCGGGCUCCAGCUCAGGGGUCAGCUUCCCCGUCAACUACCUGCAGAAGGCUGGCGUCUACGUCCAGAGGAUCGUCACUACUACUGGUAAAAUACAUUUCCCUGCAGGGACAAUAACGUUUGAAUUGAAUAUAAUUGGUGCUGAUGAACACUGAUACGCUUGCCAUGGUCCUGUUCAUUAGGGCACACCGUAGCAAAACGGUUUGCGACAUAAAAUGGAAAUGAGCAUUUCUUAUUGGAUUACGUUUAGAUAGUACCUCCCCUUUUUCAGAGCGCUUUCUUACGUUUUGUGCCUACUGAAUACGACCCAGGGGUAGGUUUAAGGAAUAACUCCUGGUCCUCGUCAGGUGAAAUGCUGUGGGGCUGCAUUAGGAUAGGGUUUAUGUCCCAAAUAGCACCCUGUUCCCUAUAUAGUGCACUACUUUUGACCAGCGUAGGGAAUAGGGUGCCAUUUGGCAUGCAGCCGUGGUAUUGUUUUGACGUCUUUGACUCCUUGUUUUUGACCUCUCAGAUAUAGUGAUCCCAGGAGCCAACAGCACCACUGAUGUCCAGGCCCGUAUCGGUGCAGGAGAGAGCAUCCACAUGAUCAAAGGGUCCAAAGGUAACAAGAACACAGCCUACAGCGCCUUCAGAAAGUAUUCAUACCCCUUGACUUAUUCCACAUUUUGUUACAGCCUGAAUUCAAAAUUGAUUAAAUAUAUGUUCUUUCCUCACCCAUCUACACACAAUACCCCAUAAUGACUAAGUGAAAAAAUGCUUUUAGAAAUGUUAGCAAAUUUCUUGAAAAUGAAAUAUUAAAUUUACAAACGUAUUCACACCCGUGAGUCAAUACUUUGUAGAAGCACCUUUGGCGGCGAUUAUAAGGUCCUUGCCCGGUUAGUCAGUUUGGUCGGACAGCCAGCUCUAGGCAGUCUAUUUUUUUCAUUUGCCAAUGGAGACCACUGUGCUAUUGGAAACGAUCAACACUCUACAACUUGUUUUAUACCCUUCCCCAGAUAUAGGCCUCAUCACAAUUCCAUCUCGGAGAUCUACUGACAGUUCCUUGGACUUCAUGGGAUAGUUUCUGCUCUGACGUGCACUGUCAACUGUGGGAAACAGCGUUUCUUUCUAAAUCAUGUCCAAACAAUGGAAUUGGCCACAGGUGGACUCCAAUCAAGUUGUAUUGACAUCUCAAGGAUGAUCAAAGGAAAUUGGAUGAACCUGAGCUCAAUUUGGUGUAUCAUAGCAAAGGGGUGUGAAUACUUAUGUAAAUGAAAUAUAUUUCUGAAGGCACUAUAUAUACUGUAGAAGCUGUGGCCCCUUAUCUACCUGCAUGUGUAGUCAAAUUAAUUCUCUACCUACUCUAAUCCAAAUACUGUACACACCUUAGAGUGGUUUACAACAGCCACAUGGGCACCUGAAUUCCCCAAGUUAUCUCAUUUAGAUAAAGGGCUCGGUAAAUUAACCUAAGCAUCAAAACUGACUGGUGCUUCCCUGCAACCGUAUAUUUUACUGAAUACCUUUUAUACUUUUAUUAGCUAAUGUCAUGAGAGGAGGGGAGUAAGUCAGCAUUUCAUUGCACUGCGUUAACUUCGCUGUAUCCCGUGCAUAUGACAAAUAAAGUUUGAUUUGAUUUGCUAUCAUCCAUUAACUGCGGUCUUCCUCACAGGUACCUACAUCAAGACCAAUGAUGGGAGGAUUUUUGCCAUCCGCUCAGGGAAGCUCAGCAGAGCAGUGCAGGGAGGAACUUCUACCAACAGAGGUGCACUAUACUUUAAAUUACAUUACAUUUGAUAAGGACUCCAUUUGACAGGAUAUGAUAGAACCGAGUGACUUGGUGUACAGACUACAGAGAGGACCUAGAACCGAGCCCUGGGGGACACAAGUAGUGACUUAAGGGAAUGUAGUUGUAGCACUGUUUGAAAAAUGAAUAGUUACUCUAUUUUGACCCUCUCUUUUCCUCAGGUUCCCAGGUUUCCCUUCUUCGCGCCAUCGGUAACGGCUGUUCGUCUCCCGCGGAGCGCCAACGGCUGACCCCCGAUAGCGCCUUGUGGCCCUCCACCCCCGAGAGCCCCGAGAUCCUCCGAGAGCUCAGCCGCUACGCCGUCACCGCAGAUACCAUUGCCGUGGGCAAUGAGCUGCCGUCACCAUCGGACACGUUUACAGGGGACAGAGGGGGAGGGAGCAGAACACAGCAGCACAAUCAGACCACAGAAUCGGACCUCAGCCGGCAGUUCAGAGCGGACAUCGGAAUGAGCAUCAGCGAGGCUCUGCAACGCUCCAAACGCAAGAUGGCCGAGAGCCAUGGACACAAGCAGGCGGGGGGCAAACGCAGCUCAUCAGCAGCCGGGUUCCCGGGCCUCUCCCUGGGCAGCAGCGGCCUCAGCUUCCCCCCCCUGAACCAGGCCCUGGAGGGACACAUGAGCCACCCGCUGCUGAUGGGAGGCAGUUCCUCGUCCCCCUUUCUCCAGUCAGCAGGACAGACUCUGGGAGACCUGCAGGCCAUGUUCCCCUCGGCAGGGGCAGAUCUCCUCAGCCACGCCUCCUCAGCCACAGGAAGCAACGGACACCUCCCCUCCUCCUCCUUGUCCCCCACCUCUUUCUCCUCCUCCUCCACCAACACCAUGCCCGUGUCCUCUACCUCCACCACCCUACCCCCCUACCUGAUGAAUCCCAGUGUGGCCGACCUGCUGUCCCCAGGCUUCCCUCUGAACUACAGUCAGUCCCUGCUGCCUGAUCCCAGGAUGUACCCCAACACCCUGGGAGGAGGCCCAGCCAGCUCUGGAGGAAGCUCCAGCUUCCUCUCCCACUUCCCCUCUUCCCCCUCCAGCCUCCUGGGUGCAGCUCUGAGCCGGCCUGACACCCAUCACAUGGCCACGGAGAACGGUGGCAGCAGCUCGGACGAUGAUGUCAUCGAGGUGACAGGACAAUGAGCCAGCAUUCAUUAACCCUGAGGUGGAUAAGUUGAAAAAACAGACCUAACCCUCUUAACCACCCUCCACACACACACAAACACGCACACAGACUCUCCUAUGAGCGAGUGAGUGAGAGGGAACGAGUCGUACCUCAAUGUGCUUACCAAGAGAAAGUAACAAAAUCCUUAUGCUGAAUAUCUUACUGAAGAGACUGAAGAUUUGCCCGAGCCCCUGAGGUUGGUGAGGCUGAGCACCAGAGACCACAGAUGGGAAUGGAUGGACUUGUUGUUGUAGGGGACCAGUUGGAUACACAUGGGGCUUCCAAGCACUGCCUCUCCUGCUAUAUCUUCUAGCAUGGCCCAGCCAUGCAGUUAUUUUAUCCCCAUCAUGAUUACUGAGGCCAGUCAGGACACUAUCUGCUCGGAGCUCACAUCAGAUGGAACUAUGUGAUCGUCUGUUGGACCGUUAGCAUUCGAAAUGUAAAAAGGUGAUUUUAGAGUCGUUAGCUGUUUGAUAGACAUUGUAGUAAACCCUGUUGGAAAGGAAGAGAAGACAAUAUACACUCCCCUACGAAUUUAUUUGGACAGUGAAGCUAACAUUUUAAAUGUGGCUCUAUACUCCAGCAUUUUGGAUUUGAGAUCACAUUUUUCAUAUGAGGCAACAGUACAAAAUAUCACCUUUUAUUUGAGGGUAUUUUCAAACAGUGAAGGAAAAAAGUAUUUGAUCCCCUGCUGAUUUUGUACGUUUGCCCACUGACAAAGACAUGAUCAGUCUAUAAUUUUAAUGGUAGGUUUAUUUGAACAGUGAGAGACAGAAUAACAACAACAAAAUCCAGAAAAACGCAUGUCAAAAAUUGUAUAAAUUUAUUUGCAUUUUAAUGAUGGAAAUAAGUAUUUGACCCCUCUGCAAAACAUGACUUAGUACUUGGUGGCAAAACCCUUGUUGGCAAUCACAGAGGUCAGACGUUUCUUGUAGUUGGCCACCAGGUUUGCACACAUCUCAGGAGGGAUUUUGUUCCACUCCUCUUUGCAGAUCUUCUCCAAGUCAUUAAGGUUUCGAGGCUGACGUUUGGCAACUCGAACCUUCAGCUCCCUCCACAGAUUUUCUAUGCGAUUAAGGUCUGGAGACUGGCUGGGCCACUCCAGGACCUUAAUGUGCUUCUUCUUGAGUUGCCUUGGCCAUGUGUUUUGGGUCAUUGUCAUGCUGGAAUACCCAUCCACGACCCAUUUUCAAUGCCCUGGCUGAGGGAAGGAGGUUCUCACCCAAGAUUUGACAGUACAUGGCCGCGUCCAUCAUCCCUUUGAUGCAGUGAAGUUGUCCUGUCCCCUUAGCCGAAAAACACCCCCAAUGCAUAAUGUUUGACAGUGGGGAUGGUGUUCUUGGGGUCAUAGGCAGCAUUUCUCCUCCUCCAAACACGGCGAGUUGAGUUGAUGCCAAAGAGCUCGAUUUUGGUCUCAUCUGACCACAACACUUUCACCCAGUUCUCCUCUGAAUCAUUCAGAUGUUCAUAGGCAAACUUCAGACGGCCCUGUAUAUGUGCUUUCUUGAGCAGGGGGACCUUGCGUGCGCUGCAGGAUUUCAGUCCUUCACGGCGUAGUGUGUUACCAAUUGUUUUCUUGGUGACUAUGGUCCCAGCUGCCUUAAGAUCAUUGACAAGAUCCUCCCGUGUAGUUCUGGGCUGAUUCCUCACCGUUCUCAUGAUCAUUGCAACUCCACGAGGUGAGAACUUGCAUGGAGCCCCAGGCAGAGGGAGAUUGACAGUUAUUUUGUGUUUCUUCCAUUUGCGAAUAAUCGCACCAACUGUUGUCACCUUCUCACCAAGUUGCUUGGCGAUGGUCUUGUAGCCCAUUCCAGCCUUGUGUAGGUCUACAAUCUUGUCCCUGACAUCCUUGGAGAGCUCUUUGGUCUUGGCCAUGGUGGAGAGUUUGGAAUCUGAUUGAUUGAUUGCUUCUGUGGACAGGUGUCUUUCAUACAGGUAACAAGCUGAGAUUAGGAGCACUCCCUUUAAGAGUGUGCUCCUAAUCUCAGCUCGUUACCUGUAUAAAAGACACCUGGGAGCCAGAAAUCUUUCUGAUUGAGAGGGGGUCAAAUACUUAUUUCCCUCAUCAAAAUGCAAAUCAAUUUAUAACAUUUUUGACAUGUGUUUUUCUGGAUUUUUUUGUUGUUAUUCUGUCUCUCACUGUUCAAAUAAACCCACCAUUAAAAUUAUAGACUGAUCAUUUCUUUGUCAGUGGGCAAACGUACAAAAUCAGCAGGGGAUCAAAUACUUUAUUCCCUCACUGUAUAUACAGUGCCUUCAGAAAGUAUUCACACCUCUUGACUUAUUCCACAUUUUGAUGUGUUACAGCCUGAAUUCAAAAUGGAUUAAAUAAUUUUUUUUCUACACACAAUACCCCAUAAUGACAAAGUGAAAACAUGUUUGUAGACAUUUUUUUAAUUGUAUUGAAAAUGAAAUAGACAUCUCACUUACAUAAGUAUUCACACCCCGGAGUCAAUACUUUGUAGUAGCACCUUUGGCAGCGAUUACAGCUGAGUCUUUCUGGGUAAAUCUUGAAGAGCUUGCACAAACCUGGAUUGUGCAACAUUUGCCCAUUAUUCUUUUCAAAAUUCUUCAAGCUCUGUCAAAUGUGUUGUUAAUCAUUCAAGUAGAUUAAAGUCAAAACUGGAACUCGGCCACUCAGGAACAUUCACUGUCUUCUUGGAAAGCAACUCCAGUGUAGAUUUGGCCUUGUUUUUAGGUUAUUGUCUUGCUGAAAGGUGAAUUCAUCUCCCAGUGUCUGGUGGAAAGCAGACUGAACCAGGUUUUCCUCUAGGAUUUUGCCUGUGCUUAGCUCCAUUCCAUUAAUUUUUUUAUCAGUUUUAAAGUUACAAUUGGCCUCAUGGUGAAAUCCCUGAGCGGUUUCCUUCCUCUCCGGCAACUGAGUUAGGAAGGACACCUGUAUGUUUGUAGUGACUGGGUGUGUUGAUACACCAUCCAAAGUGUAAUUAAAAACUUCACCAUGCUCAAAGGGAUAUUCAAUGUGUGCUUUCUACCAAUAGGUGCUAUUCUUUGUGAGGCAUUUGAAAAUCUGCCUGGUCUUUGUGGUUGAAUCUGUGUUUUAAAUUUACUGCUCGACUGAGGGACCUUAGAGAUAAUUGGGGGGGGGGGGGGGGGGGGGGACUUGUUAAGCACAUUGUUACUCCUGAAUUUUAGGAUUGCCAUAACAAAGGGGUUGAAUACUUAUUGACUCAAGACAUUUCAGCUUUUCCUUUUUAAUUAAUUUGAAAAACAUAAUUCCACUUCGACAUUAUGGGGUAUUGUGUGUAGGCCAGUUACAAAAAAUCUAUAUUUAAUCCAUUUUAAAUUCAGGCUGUAACACAACAAAAUGUGGAAAAGGUCAAGGUGUGCGAAUACUUUCUGAAGGCACUUUAUCUGUAUCUAGUCCCCCCAUUUGAAUACGUUUUUUUCUUUACAUAAGUAUUUGGACAAAUUCACUUAUAGUGUAUUAAAGUAGUCAAAAGUUAAUCUGUGGUUGGUCAAUACCUUUCUCAGUCUGUGAUGUCAUGUCAAAAUCAUUAUGUGAGUGGAAUGGAUCGGGUCUCAAGGUUAUUUUUCUCCACUGGAAUAAAAUCUGCAAAUGGACUUGGAAUAAGCCUAUUGGAGUUUCAGUUUAGUCUCUACUCCCUAUUUCACCAUACACUCCUCACAACCUCCACUCUACCCACCCACUACUGCUUACAGCCUGUUUCUAGUUGGUCAUAUUUUUCUCCACCUCAGAACCUCCUUAACCUUUUUCUAAUUGGCCAUGUCUAUCAAAUGAUUUAGCCAAUCAUCCCAGUCCUUUUAAAAGGGAACACUUUCUUUGAAGGAGGAGUCCCCAUCCUCCCUCUCAAUCAAAAUAGUGUUACUGUGCUUAUUUCUUAGUGGUAUCAUGAAGAGAACAUGAUCCAUUUUAUUUUUUUAUAACAUCUUGAUAAUGUUAGCUUGCCUCGACUAGUUUGUCAUUUAUUUAUGAUGGAAACGAAUUCAUCUGUUACUUAUUUUUGUAAAUUACUUAUUUUUGUCUCCGUUGAUCUUUUGACCAGUGUCUGUGAAAGAGCAGAGCAGAGGCACAGACUGACUGUGAGAUCGGGAGGGACAGUCACCCCAUGUAUCCAGCAUAUGACAACUGUUACUUCGUUAAUGUUAUUUUAACAUAAUAAAACACUUCUGUGUUGUUUCUUCAUUACACUGACAUGAUUUUUAAUGGGCUUUGUAUGUUCUAUGCACAAUGUUUUUUGAACGUAGUGCAUUUGGAAAGUAUUCAGACCCCUUGACGUUUUCCACAUUUUGUUACAGCCUUAUUCUAAAAUGGAUGAAAUCAUUUUUUCCCCCUCUAAUCUACACACAGUACCCCAAUGACAAAGCAAAAACAGGUUUUUUAAUUUUGCUACUUUAUUAAAAAUAAACUGAAAUAUCACAUUUACAUAAGUAUUCAGACCCUUUACUCAGUACUUUGUUGAAGCGCCUUUGGCAGCGAUUACAGCCUCGAGUAUGUCGCUACAAGCGUGGCACACCUGUAUUUGGGGAGUUUCUGCCAUUCUUUGCAGAUCCUCUGCAGCAUCGCUGCACAGCUAUUUUCAGGUUUCUCCAGAGAUGUUAGAUCGGGUUCAAGUCUGGGCUCUAGCUGGGCCACUCAAGGACAUUCAGAGACUUGUCCCUAAGCCACUCCUGCGUUGUCUUGGCUGUGUGCUUAGGGUCGUUGUCCUGUUGGAAGGUGAACCUUCGCCCCAGUCUGAGGUCCUGAGCACUGGAUCCUUACUCGUCUCCUAGUCCCUUCCGCUGAAAAAUCCCCACAGCAUCACGCUGCCACCACCAUGCUUCAUCGUAGGGAUGGUGCCAGGUUUCCUCCAGACGUGUCGCGUGGCAUUCAGGCCAAAGAGUUCAAUCUUGGUUUCAUCAGACCAGAUAAUCUUGUUUCUCAUGGUCAGAGUCCUUUAGGUGCCUUUUGGCAAACUCCAAGCAGGCUGUCGUGCCUUUUACUGAGGAGUGGCUUCCGUCCGGCACUCUACCAUAAUGGCCUGAUUGGUGGUGUGCUGCAGAGAUGGUUGUUCUUCUGAAAGGUUCUCCCAUCUUCACAGAGGAACUCUGGAGCUCUGUCAGAGUGACCAUUAGGUUCUUGGUCACCUCCCUGACCAAGGCCCUUCUCCCCCGAUUGCUCAGUUUGGCCAGGCGGCCAGCUCUAGGAAGAGUCUUGGUGGUUCCAAACUGCUUCCAUUUAAGAAUGAUGGAGGCCACUGUGUUCUUGGGGACCUUCAAUGCUGCAGAAAUGUUUUGCUACCCUUCCCCAGAUCUGUGCCUCGACACAAUACUGUUUCGUAGCUCUAUGGACAAUUCCUUCGACCUCAUGGCUUGGUUUUUGCUCUGACAUGCAUUGUCAACUCUGGGAGCUUAUAUAGACAGGUGUGUGCCUUUCCAAAUCAUGUCCAAUCAAUUGAUUUUACCACAGGUGGAUUCUAGGAUGAUCAAGGAUGAUCAAUGGAAACGGGAUGCAAAGGGUCUGAAUACUUAUAAGGUAUUUCUGUUUUCGCUUUGUCAUUAUGGGGUAUUGUGUGUAGAUUUGAUUAGUUUUUAUUUAAUCAAUUUUAGAAUAAGGCUGUAACAUAACAAAAUGUGGAAAAAGUCAAGGGGUCUGAAUUCUUUCCGAAUGCACUGUAUAUGCACAUGGAAAAACACCAAUAUGCAAAAUGUAUUUUUUAUUGAAAUUGCAUCAAGAUAUAAUUUUGACAAAACAUGUCAACAAUGAUCAGUAAUAAUCUAUAGUAUAUUCCAAUAAUUAUGUUUAACUCUACCUUCAAUUGCACUCCUGCAGCUGGGAAUCUAUGAAACACCCAUGUGAGGAUAGUGGAUUUGAAUAUAACGCAGUUAUGAUGAAUGUAUCCAGUACGAAAUAUGUAUGCACUCAUUAAGUCGCUCUGGAUAAGAGCGUCUGCUAAAUUACUCAAAUGUAAAAUGUAUGAUGCAACUAUGCGUACGUCCUUUCCGUAAAACAAUUGAGGGUGAUGGAGUUACAGAAUGGAUGGGAGCAAACACUACACAGUUUGACACUUCAUUGCAGUCAGUCUACCACAUCAGUAAAUAUGACAUCUUACGUUUUUGGCUGGAAUUUCACACCUCAGUGUAAACUAGUACACAAAUGUAUCACCUUAUAAAAACAAAUGAAUCACAAGAAAUGUGCUUUGGUCCAUUCAAGCCUAAAGGCAAAGAAAAUCAAGCAGCAUCAGUGGCCUCUAGGAGUUGUUUGCAUGGUUGACAACCAAUAUUAGUACUUCCUUAGACACAUAACAGGCUUUAUUUUUCUCCUUGGCUCUCAGAUACAAAAUACUACUGUACUAUACACUACUAAAUACUCCAAGGACUGAGGCCUGUCAUGAAAAAAACAUCCCAAAAAAGGCAGAAGAUUAGCAGCAGUGGCGCUCUCUCGUGGAAGCCUUAUGUUCCACAGAGGAAGUUAGUAAGUAUACACUAAUAAACUACACUACCGCUUGUAAUUCUCUGCAAUAGUACUGUGCGAUGCUAUGCUCAUUGGUGAUUCCAUGCACUUUUUUGCUCAAGGUAGAAUUAACAUACUAAAAAUGUAAACUUUAAAAUUAGAACUAAUUCAGCAGUAGAUGUGACAAAAUCAUAAUUGCACCAAUGUAAGGCACCGCUACUUUUGGGCAUUAGGCAAAAUGCAUGUUGGUCCUCCAAAGAGAGCCCUACGGCGAGCUCUACAGUAAAGCUUUUAUUAAAGCUUCAUUUGAAUACAGUAAUAGUUUAUGGCUGCUGUUUGUGAGCUUGGUGUUGGUGGGCCAGCCUGGUUAGGACACCAGCCGUUUCUUAGCCAUGUAGGUAUUGGACACCUGGCUCAUGAUGACCAGGGUGCUGAGGGCAGGGCACAGUGCUGCCAGGUACCAGGUGUAUCCUCCCACAACGCCUGUAAACCACACUGAGCAGAUGCCCAGGAGCAGACUGACACUGCCCAGCAGGUAAGUGACUAGGCCGGACGCUGCGUGGUAGCGCUUCAGCCUAGCCAGGGACCAGCCCUUAGCCAGGGAGUGGUAGAGGAGGGGCAGAGCGGCAAGAGACUGCACCCCUACAACGCACACCGUCCCCAGGCCCACCAGGCCGUGCCACGAGGCGAAGUGGGGCUUGUCGUUCAGGUGCUUGUUGUAGAAGAUGGAUGCCAGGCCCACAGUGGCACAGCUGGCACAGAGGCACUGCAGGAUCCAGUGGACACGCCCCUUGGUCUUGUGGGGAAGCUUCUGAAUGGGAGAGCAAUGUGGAGAGAAGAGAAGCACAGCCUCUGUCAUGAAGAGGGAGAACUAAGAGGGAAGAGGGGGAUCAAUAGGAGAUGGGGAGAGAACGGCAAGAAAAGAGAAGGUGAGAGUGGUGGAGGAAAGAUGGAA